UUCGUGUUGCUGCUGAUGGCGAUGUACUGGGUGACCGAGGUGAUUCCUCUGUCCAUGACCGCCAUGCUCCCCGCCAUCCUCUUCCCUGCCUUCGGCAUCAUGAAGUCCUCCGACGUGGCGAAGGAGUACUUUAAAGACUUCCACCUCUUGUUGGUGGGCGUCAUCUGCCUCGCCACGUCCAUCGAGAAGUGGGGUCUCCACCGCAGAAUCGCCCUGAGGCUCGUCACCAUGGUGGGAGUCAACCCUGCAUGGUUGAUGUUGGGCUUUAUGUCCGGCUGUGCGUUCCUCUCCAUGUGGGUCCAAAACACCUCGGCUGUUACCAUGGUGAUGCCCAUCGUGGAGGCUGUUCUCCAGCAGCUCCUGAGGGCCAACGAUGGGGGGCGUGCCGGCGAAGACAACCCCACUCUGCAGCUGGACGAAACUGACGGCCAUGUCGAAAAGAUGAAAGACAUUUUGAGUGACGAGAAGCAUCCAGAUGUUCCUGAACAGACCUUCACAUGUGUGCAGAUGCAGACAGUUUCACCGCCUGAUGCAGCUCAGGUCGCUGAGCCUGCAGCUCCCAGCAGGGGUAAAGCAGACCUGAUGAUGUGUAAAGCCAUGUGCAUCAGCGUCGCCUACUCCUCCAACAUCGGAGGCAUCUCCACGCUGCCCGGCACCUCGCCCAACCUCAUCUUCUCUGAGUACAUCAACCAGAUUUACCCAGAGUGCAACUGCAUUAACUUUGGAAACUGGCUGCUGCUGUGCCUGCCCAUCAGUGUGCUCAUGCUGCUGCUGACAUGGAUCUGGCUGUUCUGGCUUUUCAUUGGCUCAGACUUCAGGUUCCUGUGUAGACGUGGAGGACAGCAGUGCGACAAAGAGACCGCAGCAAGAAAAGUCAUAGAAGAAGAAUACAGGUCGCUGGGAGCCAUGAGUUCUCAGGAGAUGGUGACCGCUGUGGUUUUCCUGCUGACGGUGUUGUUGUGGCUGACCAGAUCUCCAGGUUUCAUGCCGGGCUGGACUUCUCUCUUCCCUGAACAUUCAGCUUACAUCACUGAGGCCACCGUGGCUCUGCUGCUGGGCCUCCUCCUCUUCAUCAUUCCUGCCUACGGACCCUCCAGAAGAUACGAGGCCAUGAUCUCCUGGAGCGACUUCCAGACCUCCAUGCCGUGGAAGGUGGCGCUGCUGGUCGGCGGAGGCUUUGCACUCGCUGAGGGCACAAAGGAGUCGGGCCUGUCUCUGUGGGUGGCCGAGCUGCUGACACCUCUGGGUGAUCUGCCAGUCUUGGCCACCAUCACUGUCGCCUGCCUCAUCGUCACCACGGUAACAGAAGUGGCCAGUAACGCCGCCACCAUCACCAUCUUCCUGCCCAUCCUCUCUCCUCUGGCUGAGGCCAUCCACGUCAACCCGCUGUACGUCCUGAUCCCCACCACCCUCUGCACGUCCUUCUCCUUCCUGCUGCCGGUCUCCAACCCGCCCAACGCCGUCGUGUUCGCCUACGGACACAUCAACAUCAUGGACAUGGUGAAGGCGGGGCUUGGCGUAAACGUGAUUGGCGUCCUUGCCGCCCUGUUGGCCGUGGCCACAUGGGGAGUCCCGUUAUUCUCCCUGGAUGUGUACCCUGACUGGGCGCCAGUCCUCCCCGAGUCCAACUCCACAUCACCGUGA